AUGAAAAUUGCCCAGAAGAUCACCUGCAGCAGUCUUCCAUCCAUUGAGGACAUCUACAUCAGGAGGUGCAGGAGCUGUGCGGCCUGCAUCAUGGGGGACCCAACCCACCUGGCCCAUGGACUGUUUGCACCUCUCCCCUCGGGUAAGAGGCUGCAGAGCAUGAAGGCCAGAACUACUAGGCUCAGGCGCAGCUUCUACCCUGAGGCUAGCUCUCUAUGUCUACACAAGAAGUCCCGUCUCAUCCUUCAGGUAAGAUCCAAAUCAGGUUUCUGUGAGAUUAAACAGAGCAUCAAACUAACCUUUCGACUGAAAUAUGCUCAGCCAAGCACACAGAAAGGACGUACUGAUGUGAACUCAGUGACAAACUGGAAUGCUCCUCUGGUCUGGGAGGAAACCUUUGAUCCAGUGGUCAUUGAUGCAAUCUAUAAGAAAAUGGACCCAAGAGUUGCUGUGGUGGUGUUUGCAGUUGGCAAAUACACCCGUUUCCUUAAGGGUUUCCUGGAGUCAGGUGAAAAUUACUUUCUUGUUGGCUUCAGGGUCACUUACUACAUAUUCACAGACAACGAAGACAAUGUUCCCAAAAUCGAACUGGGUGAGGGCCGCAAGAUCUCAGUCAUCACUGUCCCUAGUGCCAAACGUUGGCAGGAUGUAGUACUUGGUAGGAUGAAAUGGACUACCAUCACCAUUGACAAACAGAUCCGUAAUGAGGCAGAUUAUCUUUUUAUGAUGGACAUUGAUAGUGUCUUCCACAAUCGCUUUGGGGCUGAGUCGCUCAGCCAGCUGUCUGCUGUGCUUCACCGUGGCUACUACAAGGCUACACAUAGAGAUAAGUUUCCAUAUGAGCGUCGGCCCGCAUCCAAGGCUUACAUUCCUGCCGGUGAAGGAGACUACUAUUACACUGCCGCUGUCUGGGGUGGUUAUCUGGAGGAAAUGUACAAGCUAGUCAAAUAUUGUUACGUGCAGUCAGAGGAGGAUGCCAAGAAUAAGAUUGAAGCUGUGUGGCAGGAAGAGAGUCACCUCAACAAGUACCUGCUGUACAACAAACCAACCAAGGUGCUGUCUCCAGAGUACCUGUGGUCAGACUAUGAUCAGAUACCGUCAGACAUCAAAGUCGUCAGAAUCUCCCAGCUGGUCAAGAAUUAUGCAGAAGUGCGACCCAAUGGUGGACAGUGA